AUGUCAAACCCUGAAGAAGCCUCAAAUUAUCGGCACGCCUGCGCGGCAUGCAAGUAUCAAAGGAGAAAGUGCGAAGCCAACUGUUUAUUCGCUCUCUACUUCCCUGCAGACAAAGCAAAUAUUUUCCGAGAAGUUCACAAGAUUUUUGGCGUGAAAAACGUGACGGCGAUCCUGUCCAGUCUUAGUCCUCAUGAGAGAGAAAGAGCCGUGGAGUCCCUUGAAUGGGAAGCCUUUGCAUGGAAGAGUGAUCCAGUUGAAGGGCCUCUAGGGUUGUUCAAGCAUCUCAAGAGAGAGCUUCAACAGUUAAAAAAUCAACAACAACAGAAUGGUAUUAUUGUGCCCUACUCUAAUUACCAGACUAACCAUGGUGUGUUCGCAUUGAACCACAAUGCCGCGCUUGGUGAUUUUGCACAUAAUCCCAACAUCAAUGCUGCAAAUUCUGCUUAUGGUAUUAACCCAAAUAUAGGAAUGGAGCAACCCUUCAAUAGCUAUGCUGGAUUGCCGCAAAUUAGAGGAGGUGAAAUCGAAAAUCAUCAAGUAAUGGUAAAUAAUGGUAUUCCGAUGGAUUCUUCUUACUAUAGAAUCCAGCAAGAGCAAGGAUCAGCGUUGCGAAAAAGACUCGGAGCUGAUAUUGUUGUUCAACCGUUUCCUACUUCACACAAACAACAGAUGCCGCACAAUAACCAAAUGUUGGGUAGUUUUUCAAUGGGGCCACCGACGAAUUCUUUUGGUCAGCACAAUGAUCAACAAAGAGAAAGCCGACGAAGAAGAGUUUUCGGACAUCUCCCGGGACCUGCUUCUCAAUCUCAAGGAAGAGGUUUUCAUUAA